UUAGUCGUCUGCUGUAUACUUCGGCGUUUUCGUUAGGGUUUUACUUUUCUUCAUUUCAACUCUUUCUACCCAGUACUAAAUCAUGAGUCGUCAUCCCGAGGUGAAAUGGGCUCAAAGAGCUGAUAAGGUUUUCAUUACGGUGCAAUUAUCCGAUUCGAAGGAUGCAAAGGUCAAUCUUGAGCCGGAGGGAGUGUUUAGUUUCUCUGGUACUGCUGGAACUGGCAAUACCCAUUAUGAGUUGAAGUUGGAUCUUUACGAUAAGGUCGUUGUGGAGGAAAGCAAGAUAAAUGUAGGUGUACGGAGCAUAUUCUGCAUCUUAGAGAAAGCUGAGAAAGUGUGGUGGAAAAAAUUACUCCGCAGGGAUGGCAAGGCCCCCCAUUAUGUCAAGGUGGACUGGGACAAAUGGGUGGAUGAAGAUGAAGACAAGGGUGCCGGCGAUCUUGACUUGGGAGGAAUGGACUUCUCGAACUUCGGCGGCAUGGGCGGUAUGGGCGACAUGAUGGGUGGCAUGGGCGGAAUGGGCGGAAUGGGUGGCAUGGGCGGAAUGGGUGGCAUGGGCGGAAUGGGUGGUAUGGGUGACAUGAUGGGCGGCAUGGGUGACAUGAUGGGCGGCAUGGGCGGCAUGGGUGAGUUUGAAGACAGUGAUGAUGAAGGACAAGAAGAAACAAAGCCAGCUGACAAGGUCGAAGGAGAUGCAAAGCCGGAUGAGCAUGGCGCAGGAACUUCAGAGAAAAAGGAGGCUGAAGCAAGCACAUGAAAUCAGUUUCGCUGAAAAUUGAAAUGCUGUUUAGCUAUGGGUGUGCGUUAUAUUAUUGUUUUUCGUAUCUUGGACAGGAAUGAAAGCCUGAUGUGUUUUUAA